AUGCCUGAAUUAUUCGAGGGCAGUGAUGGAUCCCCCGAGCCGGAAGAGCCCCUUUCUCCGCUCCAUGCGGCAGUUGAUGCGGAAGAUGUGGACCAAGUGCGCCAAUUGGCCGUCACUGCGGACCCUGUCGAUCUGACUGCCGCUUUAUGUCGAUCUUGCCAAUGUGGUAAGAUAAACAGCGCGCAGGCUUUGCUUGAGACCGGGCGAUGUGAUGCCAACGCAGUGGUGGAGGGAGACACGGUUUUAUUCUUGGCCGCGAAAAAAAUCGACUUGGCCAUAGUCAGACUCCUGCUUCAGCAUGGGGCCGAUGCCACGAUCAGAUCCAAGAACAAGCGGUCCGGAGACAAGCCCCCAGCCUUUACACCCCUUCACGGAGUGGCGGACAGCUUGCGUCUCUGCGAAAAGUUGGAAGACCUGCCCCGCUAUGAAGCGCUGAUGCAGUUACUGCUGGAUGCUGGGUGCGACGUCAAUGCACAGGAUGCUCACGGAAAUACUGCACUGCUGCUCUCCGUACACAAUGAGAUCGCCCUGGUUCCAUUUCUCUUGCAACACGGUGCGGAUCCGAACAUCGCAGAGGACCGGGGAGGGACAUCUGCGCAUUUCCUCCACCACCCCCUAGACCACCCAGAGUGGUUCAAAGGCCUUAUGGCAAAGGGAGCUCGCCUGGACAUUGUUCGAGGUGAAGAUGGUGAUACCCCGCUGCAUGCAUAUGCGUCUAAAUGUCAGCUGGGCGAUCUGUCGUUGUUCAAGCCCUUUGUGAAGGAUUGGAUGAUCACUGACGGCAAUGGCAACACACUUCUUCAUACCGCCGCCGCGAGACAUCGUCCCGGGAGCAAAACUAUAUUGGAACUACUGAAGCUUGGAAUCGACCCGAACCAGAGGAACCAUGAAGGGCAACAGCCAAUUCACAUGGUCGACGGCUCCCAACAAGAUAUCCAGGAUAUAUUGGACAUUCUCUGCGCAGUCGGUGCAGAUCUAGAGGCUAGAGAUAAUCGUGGUUGUACGCUUCUCACCAAUACCAUGCGCCGCCCGCAGUGGAAUUGUCGCGAGCUCCUUCCCUAUCUCAUCAGCCGCGGAGCCAACAUCAACGCGCAGGAUUAUAAAGGCAAUGGGGUACUAUCGUAUCUGAUCGAACCGUUCUGUUUCAAGUCCGAGUACUUGGACUUUUUACUUUCCCUUGGAGCAGAUCCAAAAAUGGUAAACUACAAAGGAGACACGUUUUUGCAUCAUCUCGCAGCCAAUUUUGCUACUAUAGGCCAAGAUACGGUUCUUUCAGCCAUAAUUCAACUCAUCAAAACGGGAAUCUCCCCGACCAUUCCCAAUUUCCGAGGUUGGACACCUCUGCAUAUGCUAUGCAGCCAGUCCUCAGAUCAUUUGUUCGCAGCGACCGCAGAGGGGGGCAAGUGUGCUCUCGAUCUACUCCUAGAUGCGGGCCUUGGUGUCGCUCUAAACAUGAGUGAUCAUCAGGGCAUUCGACCUAUCCACCUUGCUGCCACGGUUUCGGAGCACCUGGUCGGUAAAUUACUUGCUCGUGGGGCUGAUUCUACAGUUUCCACAAAGGAUGGCCGCAAUAUGUUGCAUAUUGCGUCAACCGCGCGCCAAAGUAACUGUGUUGGGCUAAUCUUGGCCCACUACGAAGCCAAGGAGCUAGCUCCAAUGCUAAAUGCGCAGUCGGAAGAUGGGAGAACGCCGUUGCAUGUGGCCUGCCGUUCUGGAAGACUGGAGACGGUGAAACUCCUCCUCGCAUACGGAGCAGAUGUCAACAUCGAAGACAAACGCAAGUGUACUGCUCUAGGUGCAUGUGCCGAGUCCAUCGCCGAAGACCAGCUCUGGCAGGUGGCCGACGAUCAAGAAAACAUGAUGAACACGCGCUCUGCGGCAGGUAUCUUGGCAGAUGACAACAAACGGCCGACACAGCCCGCAUCAAAGAUGAAACAGACUCGUAACAAUAUCAAAAGUCUGGGGUGGAAAGGAGAAAUUACAUCUGAGAGUUCGACACUCGGAAUUGGACGAAUCGUGCGAGCAUUGGCGUCUCAUGGAGCCUUGACAUAUAGAAAGGAAUUUUGCGGUGGUCCCAUGUAUAAUGCGGUUGCUGAGGGAAACGAGGAAAUGGCUGUGGAACUGGACCGGUUAUCACGAAAAAUGAGCCUUGAGAUGGGAAAUUUCCGCCCUCUCAAUACUGAAUUCUAUCUGCUGCGCUCGCAGCAUCUCCCAGCCCUCCUCCAGGAACAAUUCAAGGUGUAUGUUUCUGAACAUAAUGUCUUCCCAAUGAUCUUGCUCGGCCACCACGAGGAGGUUGCACAUGCGCUGGAGAGGAACGCUUCCAUUAUCGAGGACAAAUCCUCAAUGCCAGCGGUCAUGGCGUCGCUCGCGAGGUGGGGAUUUUCGGAGCUCUUUGGCCGGAUUGGAAGCACAAUGACCGGAAACUGGAUCAACGGCAGCGACACCAAUCUUCGGGGCGAGAACCAGACUCCCUAUCUUUUGACGGCUGGUCAACGAGACCUUCCUAAUUUGGAUGUCAUCCAGGUCAUGGUUGAGAAGUUCAAUGCAGACGUUAACAUCAGAUUUGAAGCGGACAUGGUCGAUAAACCCAAGGUAUACUACCAAUCAACCAUGGCACUGAAGCGACAUUACAAGCCAGGUGACACGAUCCUUCAUCAACUGGCCCAAGGUACGCAUUGGUGGUAUGAAGGAGCCAUUCGGUACCUCCUGGAACACGGGGCCGACCCCAACGCUCGAAAUGACCAGGGAAAGACGCCAUUAUGCAAUGCAGUUUCACGGGGAGAGAUGGGAGGCCAUCGCCAGCUCGAAAUCACCAGAAUCUUGCUGGAGGGCGGCGCCGAUCCCAAUAUCGCUGCGACGUGUGGCUAUACCCCGCUGGCCAUGUCGGCACAUGACACCCAGUUAUUCGAAUUGCUGAUCGAAUAUGGAGCAUAUCCCUCUCAGGACCACCCUAUGGAACUCUUCGUUGCAUUAUAUAGUUUUAACAAAGACGUGGUCUCCGCUCUCUUGGAAAUGGACCUGGACUGCAACACGACGGUGUUAUCCGAUGCGCAGUCCCAUUGGCACACCCACCGCUUCAAAAAGGUUCCGGUAAACCGUGGGCUUAUCCUGAGCCCUCUUCUUUACAUCUCAAUGUUACCAUUCAACGAAGCCAAUAGCCGUGACCACGUCUGUAGGAUGAUUGGAUUCCUACUAGAACGCGGUGCAGAUCCCUUCCUGCUUUGCCACGCGAACCAAGUGGUUCUUCACGAGAUUUUCGCUAGCGGAGGAAUCAUCCAACCAUGGCUAGAUAUGCCCCGCCUUGACCUCGAACGACGCGAUCCUACAGGGAAAACGCUGCUGCUGGCAGCGGCGAGCUGUACGACUGGAACCGACUCGUAUGCCUGCACACUCUCAGCGUACCCACUCCGAGGUGGACAAAUUGGACUGGCGUGCUGGAAGGAGGGCGACCCGACGCGUGCAAUGACCCUCUAUGAACGGGGAGCGGAUUUGACCGCAGUAGAUUACGAGGGCAAUAACGUGUUGCAUCAUCUCGCUGAUGUUGACUGCUCCAAUGAUCACUUCGCGUCGAUUGAAGUUCGACGGACAUUGACGGUGUUCGUGGAUAAAGCACCGGAGUUGGUGCACCAGACCAAUGUGCAUGGGCAGACACCCUGGUCGAUCGCAGCGGAGAAGAAUUUCGUGGAAUUCAUGGAUAUUCUGUGGACAGAUAAUGUGCGCGCAUGA